AUGGAGCCGCAGACGGGCGGCGGCGAGGAGGACGACUGCGUGGACUCGGGCGCCGAGACCGGAGGGUCUGACUACAGCCACAUGUCCUCCACCAGCAGCGAGCCGUCCCUGGAGGAGGCGCAGGACCCUUUCCUGGUGAGCAUCCACAUCAUCGCGGACCCAGGGGAGUCGCAGGCGCUGCAGGAGGCCGUGGACAGGGUGCUGGCCUGGGUGCACCCCGACCUGCAGCUGUUCCGGGUGUCGGAGCGGAGGGCGUCCCGGCGGCGGCGCAGGGCCUGCAAGGGCGCGCGGCCGGCGCUGGCCGUGGUGCUCUUCCUGCAGGAGGAGUUCGGCGACGAGCAGAUCCUGCACCUGCACCGCACGCUGCAGCGGCCGCCCUGGCGCCACCACCACACGGAGCGCGUGGCCGGCCGCCUGCGGCCCUACCUGCCCUGCAGCCAGGACUUCUUCUCGCUGGGCCCGGGGACGCCGCUGUGGGCCGUGCGGCCCGUGCACUACGGCCGGGAGAUCGUGCGCUUCACCGUCUACUGCCGCCACCACAGCUACGCCGACAGCCUCCGGCUCUACGGGCUCAUCCUGCGGCGCAGCCCCAGCCAGAGGAAGGCCGACUUCUGCGUCUUCCCCAUCUUCUCCAACCUGGACGUGGACAUCCAGUUCUCCCUGAAGAGGCUGCCCUGUGACCAGACGCCCGCGCCCGCCGACUCCGCCGUGCUGGAGUUCAGGGUCAGGGACAUCGGGGAGCUCGUGCCCCUCUUGCCCAACCCCUGCAGCCCCAUCAGCGAGGGGCGCUGGCAGACGGAGGACCUGGACGGGAACAAGAUCCUCCUGCAGGCGCAGAGGGCACUCAAGACCCCCAGGCCCGCCCGGAGCCCCCACCUGUCGGAGCAGGAGCCUCCUCCCCUGCCCUCCCCGAGCGGGAGUGUGUCCGGCCGCCACCAGCAGCCCCCCGCCGUCAGCCCCCAGCCCGCGCCCAGCCCCCCGGCCCGGCCCCCCGGGCACCUGCCGGAGUUGGUGGGUCCCGCCUGCAGCACCACCAGCCUCCCCUGGUCGUUCCAGAGAAGCAAGUCCCUGUUUUGUCUGCCCACGGGGGACCCACCGCCGGGCUCCUCCGCGCUGCCCCAGUGGUUUUCCAGCAGCGGCGCCCCUGGGCACAGGGCAUCGGGGCGCGGGCACAGCCAGCUAGUCUCCGUAGACGACCUGGAGGGGGCCCAGGAGACGGACGUGGACACGGGCCUCCGGCUGUCCUCCUCUGACCUGUCGGUGGUCUCGGCCUACUCGGCGCCCAGCAGCUUCGGCCGUGCCCAGGCCGCCCUGGGCCCCGGGGGGGUGCACAGCCACGGGCCGCAGCCCAAGGGGGUCCGAGAGGGGCCCCUGCCCACGGGGGGCGGGGGGGCGACCUGGGUCCCCCUCCUGGCUGUGUCGCCCGGGCCCCCCCCGGAGCUGCCAGCCCCUGCGCCCCCGGGGCCUGCGGGCCGCGACGCCGAGGAGUUCUACAUCUGACGGCCCUCGCCUGGCUCCGGGCACGGGCCCUGGUGCUGCGGCCCGGGGGGGCCCCGUGCUCCUGGCCCCCCUCCGCCCGGACCGCACAUCCCUGGGCACCUGAGCGCCGCCUCUUACCUGACAGGUGGCGGGCGGGCAAGACGCCGGCGUGUCUGUGCACCUGGAUUCUCCAGCUCCAGCCCGGAGACGCGUCCUUUGCCUCCUGCGCUCCCCCGGACAUCGGGCUUCGUGCACUUAGUGCGGUUUAAAUGCUUCGUGUAAUUACUUGAGAUGAAAAGCAAACCUAGUCAGCCGGAGCCGACUUGGCGAUUUUUCACGUCAAAAAAUGGAAGGAAAAGCAAUUAAAGCCAAACGGUGGAGUGUGGGGAAGCAACCAAGUGGCCUGUGCGAGAGACGGGCGCGCGGCCACGUGGACGGCCGGCUCCCCGGAGCCCACGCAGGUGCCCGCGGAUCCGGGUGGCGCCCCCAGCGAAACCCACACCGCCCGCCUGCUGGAAGAGUGACCGCGGCAGACCGCGGCGGCGCCCGGCCCCGUGCACACCCCGAGACGUGGACUUAGGCAAAGGAACCCCUGUACCCUGGGAGGGGUGAUCGUGAGCACAGACUCCCGGUGGGACCGAGGCAGGGCCUGAGAGCCAGAGGCCAGGUCUGCGUCCACCUGUCAACCACCGCGUGGCCCGAAGUCGCCAGGUCUGCGGAGACGCCCGCUCCCUGCAGGUACUUGGAUCCGGGAAGAACCGCGCUCGCAGGUAGAGCAUCAGGUGACCAGUCACGGCGGAGCGUCCUCCGACUGCUCCACGUCCAAAACCAGCAUCCAAGGGCUGCGCGUGUUUCUGUAUAAACGGCAGGAGCCGCAUUUUAUACCACGUUCUCCGCAAACGCGCAUUGUCACCCCCCCGCCCCCGGACCUUUUCACUUUCAAAUGAUUUUUAUGAUUUUUAAGUGACAUUUCGGUGGCGCAGGUUAAUAAACACCCCCGUCUUCUGCAGACGGGGAAGCUGGGUAGGAAUCGCCAUCCCGGACGCACGGUCUCCUCGCCAGCCUCCCCGAGGGCGCGGACGCCUUAAUUGAAGCCGGAGCGCUAGCCCGGCCUCAGCCCCCGCCGCCGUCGUCUGCCUCUGUGGAAGCACGAGGGUAUUCAGGCAUCGGCUCCCUCCCGCUCACGUUUACAGUCCCCAGCUCUAGUGCCAAGUUGGCACGGGGUCGGGCGGGGGGUGCAGGCCGAGCUGGGCCUGGUCGCCGCUUCCUUUGGAAGCAGGAGCAUGGACGUGUCUGCCUUGCUGCUCUCCUGGUCGGGGCUCCUUGCUCCACGACUCGUGGCCCGGCUCCCACGUCCCUGAAAGCGCCCCCACGUCUGGGCACAGCCUCAGGACCCCUCUGCCCCCCGCCCUCCGUUAGGCCCCUGCCGUCCCCGUGCAGGGGACCUUGGGUCCCAUCCCCAACAUCCUGGAUAUUCCUGGCCUCCAAAUUACCAUCUUCUCCAUGUUACAUAAAUAAACACGCAAGCCUCUUCGAAUCCCCAGCCGGGGCGAGCAACCUGUUUCUAGAAAGGGCUACAUGGCAGAGGCGGGGCUUGCCAGCCGUUUGGUGCGCGGCCGCGGGCCGUCCUGUCGGGCAGCAUCCCCGCGAGCGAGCACCGGGCUGGGGCACCGAGGGGCGUCCCUCCGCGUCGCCGGUUCCCAGGCAGCCACCGCUGCCCUCCUCCUGGUCGGAGACGUGCCUCCCGACAGCUGGGCGGGGGGGAGCAGCAUGUGGACUCAGGGACGGAAAUACCAGGCCAGGGCGUCGACACACGGACGUCCUCCCACGAGCACGAGUCAGUGCGGCAUGAGCGGGCAGGCCGGCUGCCACGGGGGCUCCUCUGGCUCCUCUGGCCGGCGUGCCCGUGUCUGCCACACGUGUGUGCACGCCCGGGUGGCUCCAAGGCUCCCUGGCACCCCCCCCCCGGUAGCCCCCCGGAGCCCAGUGACCCGGGGGAGGCGGGCAGCGGAGCAGGACGUGCAAGAUGCCCCGGGUGCCAGGCCCGAAGCGGGGAUCCCAGCUCGGUCCCCAGCCAGGCAACCCCCACCCCCCGCCACCCAGGUGGUGCUCAGAGGCGGCUGCACACUCUGCAGAGACGGCCACAGAGACGCAUCGACAAGGGCCUGGCCCCCCGUCUGGCUGCGCCGACGUC